AUGGCCGACGGAGAAGCCGACGAGGAUCUCUUCGCCGAUCUCUACGAUGGUGAUGAUGCGGAACCCGAGCCUGUGCCAGUGAAGACCGAGGCCCAGGCACCUGUCGAGGACGAAAUCAAGCAGGAGCCUGUCAUCGCCGCUGGUAGCGCCGGCGGUCCGAGCACCGAGCAGGACAAUUCGCAGUUCAAGCAGGAGUACACAGACGACUUCAAACAUGAGCAAGGACACGACAAUAUGGAGGGUAUGCAAGACUUCGGUCACACGCACCGGGAGGRGCGGCCAAUUGGCAUCAAAGAAGAUGGAAAGAUGUUCAUUGGUGGGUUGAACUGGGAGACAACUGAUGAGUCACUCAAGGAAUACUUUUCGCAGUUUGGCGAGGUGGUCGAAUGCACCGUCAUGCGAGAUGGCCAGACUGGUCGCUCUCGUGGCUUUGGCUUUCUCACGUUCAGAGACCCUAAGACUGUCAACACCGUCAUGGUCAAGGAGCAUUCACUCGACGGCAAACUAAUCGAUCCUAAGCGUGCCAUACCGCGUGAUGAGCAGGAACGCACGGCCAAGAUCUUCGUUGGUGGUGUAUCUCAGGAGGCCACAGAGUCAGACUUCAAGGAAUUCUUCAUGAAGUUUGGCCGUGUCCUCGACGCUACUCUGAUGAUGGACAAGGAUACUGGCCGUCCACGCGGAUUCGGUUUCGUUACCUUUGACAGCGAAAUGGCGGUUGAACGCACCUUGGAAGGUCCACUCGCCAUUCUCAACAAGCCGAUUGAGGUCAAGCGUGCUCAGCCCCGCGGCAAGAUGGGCGAAGAAGAGAAUAACAAACAGGGCUUUGGUCGUGGACGUGGCUCGAACCAACAGUUUGGGCCCGGAAACGGCGGAGGCGGGUUCGCUUCAAAUAACCAAAUGGGUCCCCAGAACAACGGUGGUGGCGGCGAUGCUUCUAGCAUGACUCCAGCAAUGAUGGCUCAGUACUGGCAGCGUAUGCAACAAUACUGGGCCAUGAUGUCCAACAACGCCAUGGGCGGAGGUAUGGGAGGAGGCAUGGGAGGCAUGAUGGGUGGAGGCCACAUGAAUCCUCAGAUGAUGCAGCAAAUGAUGGCCGCACGUCAAAACGGCCAGAUGAACCCCCAGAUGAUGCAACAAAUGCAGCAGAUGCAGCAGAUGCAACAGGGAGGCGGCGGUGGAGGAAAUGGCUACCAGUCAGGAAUGAAUGGAUCUCCAUCGCCAAUGGACAACAACGGCGGACAAGGCACCCCCGGACCCGGGGAAACCGGCGGAAACUCAGCGUACGACCAAAUGAAGUUUGAGCAGCGCAAGUACGAGCAGCAGCAGAUGGCGCGCAUGCAGCAGCAGAACUUCGGAGGCCAAAACACCUGGGAGGGCAUGUACGACGACGUCCCAGCUCCGCAAGGCAUGGGUCCUGGCCAGGGCGGCGGUGGCCGCGGCGGCAAUGGAGGUUGGAUGCGUGGAGGCCGCGGUGGCGGGAACAAUAAGUUCCAGAACCAAGCACCUCCAAAUGCACCGGCCAAUGCCCCCACAGGUCCAAAGAACGCAGGCAGACCUGGUGCCAACUAUCGUGGUGGUGGUCGCGGCUCUCAUCGAGGGGGAUUCCACCCCUACGCACGCGGUGGUGGCUAG